AUGACGAUAUUAUCAUUAUUGACUACCAUCGCAUUACUUAUCACUGUCAGCAGUGGUUCAAACUGUUUAACUCGGCAGUCAAUUGAAGAAUCUUUGAAGAAAGUCUAUAUACCAGGUGCAGCAAUCAUUGUUGUCAAUAGUACUGAUAUACUCUAUGAGGAAGCUUUUGGUUAUCAAUCUCUUCUACCGAAAAAACCAUUGGAUAUUGAAAGAUCAAUCUUUCCUGUCGCCUCGAUUUCGAAAACAGUCAUAGCUGUUGCUGUCAUGCAGUUAGUUGAACAAAAACGUGUCGACCUAGAUACAGAUGUCAAUGAAUAUUUGGGUCUGCCAAGUCGUGCAAUCUAUCAUCGAAAUUUUCCCAAUUCUUCCAUCACAUUGCGUCGACUACUUUCUCAUUCAUCGUCAAUCGCCGUCAAUGGUGCUUUGCAAGCGAGCUUCUUCCAAGCUGGUGAUAGUGCCAUUGACAAUGGAACAUUAGCUGAGUUUUGUUUGAAAUAUUUAAAUUGGAAUACAACGAAUUGGCUGCCACGACCACCAGGAAACGCAACCCUUUACUCCAACGAAGGAACAACGUUAGCAGCAUUAGUAGUGGAACGAAUCAGUAACAUGCGCUAUGAUCAAUAUGUAAAAGAGAAAAUUUUCAAGCCAUUGAAUGUUACCAGUGAUAAAGUUGGCGUUCUUCUCAAAGAUUUUACUGACAAAACACAUUUCGUAGAACACUAUGCCUAUGCACCGAAUUCAUCAUUCUUAGAACUAUGGAAAGCAGAAUUUCCACAAUUGAAUGUUGAAUUGAUGCCGGGCAAUCUAUCGACAUAUCUACGUAUUCCCUUUCUUGGUUUUACUGGUUAUCCUGCUGGUCUGUUACGGAUGUCAGCACAUUCUCUUUCUGCUUUUCUCCGCAUGUUUGUCAACAAGGGAAGUCCACUUCUUUCGCCACAAUCCGUCGAUGAAAUAAAAACCAUAGUUGGCAACGGUCAAAUCUAUCCUUUCAAUCCAAAUCCGAACUCCACCACUCAACCUCCACCACGGAGAUAUGGACUCUGUUGGCAUUGGAGAACACUGACCGACAAUCGUCAAUAUCUAGGCCAUGGUGGAAGUCUCCCUGGCAUGACGCAUCUGAUGUUAAUUAAUGAGAAACACAAUACAGGUGUCAUUGUAUUGACUAAUGCAGACACGAAUGCACCGAUUGAAUUAACGCAACAAAUUUAUGAAGCAAUGGAAAAUAUUCACAUAUCGAUGUUUAGGUGUUAUGAAACAAAUCAUGCUAUGCCGAUUUUGUUUUAUUCAAAGACCAUUAUUUUUGGAUUUUGUUUCCGCAUACUCUUGAUUAUGAAAAGCCUAUAA